UUCUUCCUCCUCCUCCUCUUCUCCCUCUCUCGUCUGGACAAAAGACAUACAUACCGAGAAGAGAAGGAUGGAGAUAUUCUGGAAAAGAGUUCAAGUGAUUUGGUCCAUAGCUGUGGAUUUAUGUUUCCAGAGGUUUUAUAGCCGACACCUUCCUUCUUCACCUACAGAUCUUCUCAAACUUCUUCAUGUUUCCAACAGCAACAAUCAUAACCACAGUAAGCAGUUUAGUGAUCUCACCAUCAUAGUUACUGGUGCCACUAGUGGUAUAGGACUUCACACUGCUAGGGAAUUUGCUAUGGCCGGAGCCCAUGUUGUCAUGGCAUGCAGGAACAUCACUGCUGCAAAUAAUAUUGCAAUUAAGUGGAGAGAGGAGGUGGACAAUGACAAAAUGCUCAAUAUUGAGGUUAUGGAGUUGGAUUUGCUCUCUUUAUCCUCGGUAAGGAGUUUUGCAGAAGCGUGGAUGCAACGAGCCCUGCCAUUGGAUCUUCUUAUCAACAAUGCCGGGAUCUAUAAGCCAGGAGAGCCCCAAACUUUUUCAAAAGAUGGAGUUGAGCUACAAAUGCAGGUGAAUCACAUUGCUCCAUCCCUUCUAACCAUGCUUUUACUGCCAUCGUUACUGCGAGCGUCUUCUCCACGUAUUGUCAGCGUUAGUUCGAUAGCACACCGGGAAGCAACUAUAGAGCUUGAAAGUUGGAACAGUAAAGUAGAGCAGGAUAAGUUUAGCGGUUUUUUAACCUAUGGGUCAAGCAAAUUAGUACAGUUAAUGUUUCUUAAAACUCUAGCAGAUAAGGUUAUGCAACAAAAAGAAAAUGCUGAUUUCAAGUGUAUAGCGGUCCAUCCUGGAGGUGUUGGUACAAAUAUUGAUCCAAUGGCAUAUAUUGCUGCGAGUACGGGUUUGAUGUUCACUCCUGCAGAAGGAUCAAGAAGUGUAAUCUUUUGCGCAGCUAGUGAAGAUGUUAACGAAAGUUUGUAUAAUGGUUUCGGGUAUUAUUCAUACGACUGUAAACCAGAUAGAAUUUCACCACUAGCAUAUGAUACAGAUGCAUGUUGCAUGGUAUGGCAGAAGACAAUGGAGAUCUUGCGGAUAGACAAUAAUUAUGUUUUGCAUUUGCUUGGCAAUAACUAAAUGAUUAAUUUCUUGCUAAAUUUUAUUGCAUCCAUUGAAAAUAUACGUAUUCUCUUUUCUAUAUUUCGUGU